UGAAACAAAACAUUUUCCUUUUAGUUUUAUUCGGACAUUUGCCAUAGCACAUUUGCCUUGCCGUUCCCAACGAAAUCCUAUGGCAUCCAAUUCCAAUACAAAGAGGACCUGCAUUCUACACCACUGCCCCUCCGCAAAGCGGCCAAGGAUCGAUGAAGGCGAUUUUUGGUUUUGUGACCGAAUCAAAGUCAGCAAAUUCGCCUAUGUCUGGAAAAUAGAAAAUUUCAAUUAUUUCAAUGGUGAGACCAUCUCCCCCAUAUUUACCAAUGAAAAAUCCAACGACAUCAAAUGGCAACUGGCCAUAACGAAAAUUGGCAAGAUUGUCAUAUUAAAAUUGAAAUUGGUAUGCUGUGAUCAAUGCCAGGUGAAAUUUAAAUUCCGGGGUUCAAUGGAAAAUCGAAGUGGACAAACUUGUUCCAACAUUGGCAAGGAUAAUCUCUAUACGGCUGUGGCGAAAGAUGUCUUUAUAUUUCCGCGACCCAUUGAAAUUGAGGAGGACAGCCAGGAAGAUCCCACAGACGACAAUCUCUCGGUACGUUGUGAAAUCUGUGUGAUUGAUGAUGUCAUUGAUAUGCCACUAAAUGAUUUUUCCAUUAACUCCCACGAUGAGGCGGAUCUAUUCCAGAAUAUGGGCAAACUUUUAGAAAGUGGAAAAUUCAGUGAUGUCACACUGAUGGUGAGCGGACAAGAGUUGAAGGCCCAUAAAAACAUAUUAAGCAUGCGCAGCGAAGUGUUUGCAGCCAUGUUUGAACACCAGACCAUGGCGGAGAACAAAUCCAAUUGUGUUGACAUUAAUGAUUUGGACCACACAGUGGUGCGGGAAAUGCUUACCUUCAUCUAUACAAAUCAAGCACCGAAUGUCGAAGAAAUGCCCAUGGAUCUAUUUGUGGCAGCGGAUAAAUACUCCCUGAAGAGACUGAAACUAAUGUGUGAAAUAAUAUUGAAUCGUGAACUGACAUGUGACACAGCGCUGACAAUACUUAUUUUGGCCGAUCGUCAUAAUUCCGAAAUUUUAAAGUUAAGGACAAUACAUUUUAUAAAAACAAAUUUGGAUGCGGUUAUGACGAGCAAAGACUGGCACACGAUGACUGCAAGGUAUCCUCAAUUAAUAGAAGAAAUUCAAAACUAUAAUGGCUGUGUUGAAAGAAAUUGAAAUCUGAAUUUGAUUUGGUUAAUAAAAAACAGUUAUUAAGUA